AUGCUGAGGAAAUCCGAAACUUAUGUGAAUGGAGACGGCCUAAUUUUGGAAAAGAUUAUGAUGUCAAGCAAGCUUUUACUGACCGUAUUCCUCGUGCUUGCUCUUGCUUACACCGCAAGCGCCCAAUGGGGUUGGGGCGGUUACGGAGGCUAUGGUAUGUACAGACCAUACGGCAUGGGUUACGGUAUGGGCAUGUAUCCUGGUAUGAGUAUGUACGGCAUGGGAAUGAGACCCUGGGGAAUGGGAAUGUGGGGCAAGAAGUAAGAAGACGCCAAGCAACUGUACAUAUGGCUUGAUGAUUUUACGGCUGUCUCGAUGACGUGAUAUUUCCGAUGUGUAGCGAUAAUAACAAUAAUAAUGUGGAUUUCUGUAAAUGGAUUGUGCCUUACAAUGUGU